AGUUGAUAGACGCCUUAGAAAAGCAUCCUCUGUGUGCAAAUCUGCAUAGCCGUCAGCCUGACUGAGGCGAAAUUGCGUCUAUUAUCAGAUUAAAUUGAACCAACAAUAUAUAUCCACAAGUCACAACAUACAAAUAGGACAAUAGCCCAUACAACCAAUACUCAACCAAACAUAUCACCAAGAUACCAAGAAUCCAAAAACCAUGGUCCAAACCCGUCCUAAAGGCGACAAGAGGGGCCCCAAACCCAAAACCCAAACCCUCAACCCCCUCCAAAGAGGCAUCCAAGACUUUGUGGCCCAAACUCUCCCCCCAGAAGCCCUAUCCAAAUAUGGCCUCUCAAAUGAGACGUUACACUCUCAUCUCCCCAAACGCUUCACAGUGUACGAGCCCUUGCUCCUACUCCCGGUGAACGCAUUCACCACCCCAGCCCCCUGGAGCACCCUCUACAGGGACCUCACCAACGCCCAGCGUGAGGCCCUCUACGCCUCCCUGGUACAGGCCUUCAGCCGCAUGGGCGUCACCCACGUGGCCAUCAACGCCCCUAUCGCCCCAACAGAUACACAAGGCCACGAGAACCGGAUGCGCAGUCCCGCAGGCCUAGUCCCGCUGUACGGGGACUUUGGGCCUGUGGCUCCUAGCCAUGGGGAUGGGCAGCCGACGGAUUCGGACCUGAAAAAGGCAUUCUGGGUGCGCACGAUGCAGAACCACGGGAUUGUGCAGGUUUGGGCACCGCUUUAUACGAUGUUCUCGCGGGGGAAUGUCACGGAGAAGGCGCGGGUGUUGGGGCAGGGGGCGGUGGGGUUUGAGGGGCUUGAGGAGGGGGAGUUGGGAGGGCAGUUGGUUGGCGAUGUCGGGGUUGUGGAUAUGUAUGCUGGCAUUGGGUACUUUGUGUUUUCUUAUUUGAAGCGGGGGGUUCGGCGGGUUUGGGGGUGGGAGAUCAAUGGGUGGUCGGUUGAAGGGUUACGGAGAGGGUGUUUGGAGAAUGGAUGGGGGUGUAGGGUUGUUAGGGUUGCGGAGGAUGGAGGGUUGAGUGGGAACGUGUUGGAAUUGGUGGAUUCUCUGCAAGAUACGGAUCGGGUUGUUCUCUUUCAUGGAGAUAAUCGGUUUGCAGCGGAGCUCUUAGGCGAGAUUCGUGCGGUUAUGGAGGGGAGGGGGGAGUGGUGUGCGGUUCGACAUGUUAACUUAGGGCUUCUUCCGACGGCUGUUGAUGCUUGGGGGAAUGCUUGCAGGAUGAUUGAUGGGGAGAGGGGGGGAUGGAUCCAUGUCCAUGAGAAUGUGGAUAUCCGAGAGAUUGAGCUGAAGAAAGACGAUAUCACGGCAGAGAUUGGGAAGUUGCGCGCUGGUGUCCUUGGUCUACCGGGUGUGGUUGGAUUAGCGGAGUGUCGACAUGUUGAGCAAGUCAAGACAUACGCCCCGGGAGUAAUGCACUGUGUCUAUGAUAUGAAGCUGUUGUCUUACAGUGAGUCACUGCUGAAGACUGCUCGCUGAACGGAUUAUGCAAGUAUAAAGAGAUUCAGGCUGGUACUGAUGAUUCAUUCACUGACUUACUCCAACAAUAUACUUGGUUAUGGC